AUGUCGUCAACAGUGACCAUAGAGCUCGCCCCUCGUGAAGAACUGCGCACUGUGCCAGGCGAACCUGAGCAAUACGGGCCUGGUCCAGAUGCGCCCGUCGCCCGAGUCAAGCAAAAAUGGAACGAGCCUUCCAUUAACAAAUGGCGUGUAGCUGCAGCCUUUGCCAGCUUUGCAGUUGUGGGUGCCAGCGAUGGUGUGUAUGGUAUACGUGAGGAAUUCGGCUUGUCUACCACUGUGGUCUCCCUGAUCUUCGUGACUCCAUUCGUGGGCUAUACAGUGGCGUCCAUGAUAGUGAACAAGAUACAUAUGACUUUUGGCCAAAGGGGUAUUGCAAUCCUCGCGCCAAUAUGCCACCUCAUUCCAUUCAUUCUCAUGGCCACCGUUCCCCGCUUCCCGGUUUUGUUGGUCGCUUAUGCCUUCGUUGGACUUGGUAAUGGACUUAUCGACGCCGGCUGGAACGCAUGGGUCGGCGAUAUGGUGAACGCUAGCUUAUUGAUGGGGCUUUUGCAUGCAUGCUAUGGGCUAGGAGCAACGGUGAGUCCAGCUAUUGCAACUGCAAUGAUCGAUCAUGGCCUCAAGUGGUCGACGUUCUAUUUCACCUUAGUUGGCGGGUCCGCCAUGGAACUUACCACGAGCGGACUGCUGUUCUGGCCGGAAAAUGGUGAUAGAUUCCGGGCAAACAACCCCAGAACAAGUUCGUCAGGGCACUCCCGAACGACCGAGGCCAUGAAGAACCGAGUCACUUGGGUUUUAGCUCUCUUUCUCUUUGCUUACAUGGGUGUCGAGGUAUCAAUCGGCGGCUGGAUUGUCGAAUUCAUGAUGCAAGUCCGCGAUGGAGGCGCGGUAGCAUCUGGUCUUGUUCCUACGGGGUUUUGGGCCGGCAUCACAGUUGGUCGAGUCGUGCUCGGGUUUGUGAACGAGUUCUUCGGCGAGAGACUUGCAGUGAUCAUUUACCUAGCGCUUUCCAUAGCGCUUGAGCUGAUAUUCUGGCUUGUCCCGAACUUUGUUGUUUCCGCCGUGGCCGUCGCCUUGAUAGGCUUCUGCACUGGGCCCCUAUUCCCGGCUGCGGUCACAAUCGCUGCCAAACUCCUUCCAAAGCAUCUGCACACCCCCAGCAUUGGCCUGGUCUCUGCCUUCGGGGGGAGUGGCGCCGCUAUUUUGCCCUUCAUUGCCGGUGCUAUUGCGCAGCCACAUGGUGUAGGAAGCUUACAACCCUUUGCGUUGGCUCUUCUUGUUACACUUGGUAUUCUCUGGCUACUCUUGCCGAGAAGACCUCAGCAUACCCACGAUAGCUGA